AUGGACAAUGAAGGUCGUUUCAAAUACUGUUUCAUGGCAUUAGAUGCUUCUAUAAAGGGAUUUAAAACAUCUAUUCGACGAAUCAUAUGUGUAGAUGGAACCUUCUUGACAACUAGUUAUGAAGGCACUUUGUUAUGCCCCAUGGGACAAGAUGCUAAUAAGCAAAUUUAUACCAUUGCAUUCUCAGUGGUUGAAUUAGAGAAUAAUGAGUCAUGGUUGUACUUUAUAGUGAGUCUGGAGGAAGCAAUUGGCGAAGUAGAUAAUCUAGUGUUUGUCUUUGAUAGACAUACUAGUAUUGCAAGUGCACUAUCUAGAGUUUUUCUAGAGGCACAUCACGGAGCUUGUAUACAUCAUUUUAACAUGAAUAUCACUGCGAAGUUCAAGACUGAUCAUUGCCAUGAAGAAUACUUCCUUGCAGCAAAAGCGUACAUGGAGCGUGUGUUUUUACGCCAUUUUGAGAAAAUUAAGUUAAAAUAUCCUGAUAUUGCUCAAUAUUUAAAGAACCAAUUUGGUUUUGAAAAGUGGGUCUGCACUUUCUUUCAAGGUACACAAUAUAAUUUAAUGACAAUAGGUAUUGCUAAAAGCUGGAACAAUGUGAUUGCUGAUGCACAUGGAUGGCCUAUUACUACUCUUAUGGAAUUCAUGAGGCAUACUUUACAAAAAUGGUUUUUUGAGCGUCGAACUACAACAUCAAAGGCUACAGGUCCCCUUGCUACAUCCGUUGAAGAAGACUUACAAAUUUUAGCGGACAAGUGA